AUGGAGGAUUUCCCAUUCCCUGCUGGUUGGAGUCCUGAUGCCAUCUAUGAGAAAAUCGAAUCAGCGUUUCGUGAUGCUGACUAUGAGCUGAGUAACAUGUCAAUAUGGGCUUAUGUUGAUGGGGAAGAAGGGUCUUGGGGUGGGGAUUUCCUGAGGAAGAAGACUUGGGAAUCAAGUAUCUACUUCCUUCCCGGAGGAGGGGAUAAAUCGGCGAGACGUAACAGAAUGUUACACGACAUUUCUCUAUGGGAAUUGGACGUGUUCACUAGCUUUCAUGGUUAUACAGCAACUUUGGUGAUAGUGGCAGAUAAAGACAAAGUGAGAGAGGACAAGGUGUUCUCCCACAGGCUUAGAAUGAUGUUAUGGAAUCAGUACAAUGUUUGGUUCUUAACUCCGACUUUGAAGGCCGAUGACAGCAAAUGGUUAACAUCGGUAUCAGAGGAUGUUUACACUUUCCCUGAAUAA